AUGAGUAAAAGAUCUUCAUACGCGCCCAACAAUAAGAAGGAAGAGAAUAGAAGCGCAAAACCACCUUCUCAACAAGUUUUGAAUCCUUCCAACGCCAUUCCAAGUCCCCAUCAGCGUCAAUCAACGUCAACCCUGUCAAAGAUGACGGGCCCCAAUUCGUGA